UUGUUAGUAGAUCAGUUCAGUGUUGGUUUAUCUAAACUAUCUUAACACCCGUCUCUGUGUAGGUUUGCAGAGAUGUUUGUGUAUCUUAAACUGGAAUUAUUCUUCUCUAAUGAGUUCAAAGUUUACUUUUAGCAGUUUGAUAAGUACUGCUGCUGGACUGUGUGUGCAAGACAUCCUGGAUAUUUAUUUGUAAAACCUGAGCUGUAGGAAGGAGGAGAUGAGAGGGAAGGAAGGAUGUAAGGAAGGAGGGAAGAGGUAUCUGCUCCCGGGAGGUUUCAUUAACAGGUAAUUGGACCUGAUGAUGAAAUGUCAAGACACACACACACACACAGUGGAAAAGGAGAGAAGCACGGGAAGUGAUGUCACGGGAGUGGAGGCUGCUGAUUGGACAGGAGAUUCCCGGGCAGCUGCUAUAAAACCUGAUGUGAAGCCUCGAGACACAGAAACACAGAAGAGACGACCAGAGACACUCCUCUUCAUCAGCGAGCUUCAACUCCUCACUGAAGAUGCAGUCCUGUGGCUGUUUGCUGUUCUUCUGUCUGUCCAUCAGUCUGCUGCACUGCAGCGUCGACGGAUUCAGAGUCCAACAUCCAUCAGCACAGGACGUAGACCGGCCCGUGUCCAGGUCUCUGCCGGCUCUUCGGCCCCGUCAUGGAGCGGUGAAGGCGGGGGAGGAGCUAACGGCGAAGCUGCUCCGAGUGGACCACCUGGUGAGGAUGGAGAACGACGUCAUGGAGCCAAAGAGGAAGAGGAGUUUCCCCGGCAACAACGUGCCGCUGGACCGCCUGUCAGUCACCUCCAUGGAAACCAAACCGGGGUCAAACAAGCAGAGCAAAGCAGUCCAAGCGUCACAACGACGAGUCAAUCCGGCUCCGAUCGACAGGAUUGGAAAGAGUCGUCUACCAAACAGCAGAGGAUAGGCCACGCCCCCCCCCUCCCCUCUGAGCCCGCCCCCCUCUCCACAGCGCCUCCCUCUGCACAGAGGAAUCAUCACAGAUGCAUGAAACACAGCCAAUCACCAGCCACCAGUCACCUGCUGAGACACGCCCACCACCUGCCAAUCACCCCCCACCGCCACCGCCACCGCCACCACCACCACCCCCCACCACACACACAGUGUUGAAUGUUUAAUGAUGGUGCAUUCAGGUGCUGCUCGGUCAACUUCUCACACGUUUCUGAAGUCAGGACCAAAACAAAACUUUAUUUAUUUUGUUUUCGUGACGCAUGUUCUUUGAUCAGAUUACGACCAAUCAGAUGUCAUGUUUAUGUCCACAGCAGCAGGAAGAUUUAAACUCACAUAGUUAAACAGGAAACCUGCUUUUAGAUUCUACAAAAUCCUCAACUGAACUCAGAUGUUUUAAAUCCAGAUGAAACGAUGUUUCCAGAGUAUUUCACCUCUGUAUUGUGACGUAUUUCUGAGUAAAACAGGAAGUUGAUCUGAACGUGUCAUAAUGAAUCUUCGCUCUGUGCCGCUAACAGUUGAAGAUUGAUUGACGGGUGGAUGUCAUGAAAUUGAAACUGGUUGAUUCAAGCCUACGUCAACAUUUUACAGGAAGAAAACAUGAUUAAAUUUUGAUAUAAGAAUAUAAGAAUAUUCUUGGCAUAUGUUGUUAAAUAGGUGCACAAUAUGACCUGGAUGUGAUCUUAAAGGGUUAAAAAGGAAGUUACGUGUUUUACUUCAGACAGGAUUAAUAAUUAAUUUAAUGUUUUCCUUCAGAAACUUCAGUCUUGUCAGAUUCACAUCAACUGAAGUCUGUUCUGAAUAAACAGCUUUAGUUUAAAACAGCAGCUUGUUAGAGGAUAUUUUAAAUUAAAACUUAGUAAAUCUGAAUCUGUAUUUGAGAAAUUAAAACUGGUUUGUAUUUAAGCUUUAAAUUAGAAUAUGAUAAAAAAAAAAAAAGAAUCUUUUGGAGAACUGACAGAAGCGUCUGUAGCAUCGAGCUGAAAGCUCAGACUUUCCAGCUGUCAGUAGCUCCUCUAUUUAUUUUGUAUUAUAGUGUAAUAUUGACAUAUUGAACUUUAUUUGGUCACUUUUUCCCGUGUGAACAUCCUCCAGAACCUGUGUAGAGUUUGUAUGAGGACACAGUUAAAAUCUUAUUGACUUUUCAUCAGAUGGUUCCUGAUUUAAAACAGGCAAAGUUAAUGUAAAGCUUAAACUCAGACAAUUUAUUUAAUUUAUUUUUUAUUCCCAGUUAUCAGUCUGAAAACGUUUUGACUGCAGAGUUCAGUUCAAUCUGUGUUCAUCAGAUCUUUUGGACGUUUAGUCUCAGAAAGUUCAAUCAGAAUUUCACAAGAUAAAGUAAAAAUGUGUUGUGGCACAACAUGAAAUCCUGUAAAACUGAAACUUAACGUGAUAAAUGUGAAUCCAGAGUCAAAAUACUUCAAAUAAUAAUAUGGAACAGUUUCUGUUUUUGGUCAAAUUCAACACAUAUUUUCACAGCUGAUCUGUUGGAUGAAACGUUUCUCCUGUGAUCACAGAGGUAUUUCAGAUUUUUACAGUAUCACCUGAAUGCAGCAUCAACCCCCCCCCCCCGACCCUGACUGGAGGCCUUCGCCGCCUCGACGCUGAAUCUGAACAUCUGACAAGACUUGACUUGAGUUUCUGUCUCGUAGUUGUUUUUAUUAGUGAAGCAGGACGACGCUGAGCAACGUUUAGGUUUUAUAUCACAAAUAUAAGACGACACAGUUUAAAGGACCAGUGUGUCUUAAAACAACAGUCAGGAGCCCAAAUGAACAUUAUGAUGCUGUAA